CAUUAACAGCAGGAAUACAACAGACACACAAAGACCUCGGAGGAUGUCUGGGAUCACUGGGAAUCUGGAUUGCGAGGAGUGUGUACCUUCGGCACAUGUGGCCAACAGCACGGAGUUACAUCCGCACUUCACUGUGGAUGAGGACGACGAACUUCUGAGAUACAUCUGGAGGGAGUACUUACACCCCAAGCAGUAUGAAUGGGUUCUCAUCGUGGCUUACAUUAUUGUGUUCUUCGUCUCACUCAUUGGAAACUCGCUGGUUUGUUUUGCAGUUUGGAAAAACCGCCACAUGCGCACUGUGACCAACUACUUCAUAGUGAAUCUCUCCUUCGCCGAUGUCCUGGUCACCAUCAUCUGCCUGCCUGCGAGUCUCGUGGUAGACAUCACAGAGACGUGGUUCUUUGGAAAGACUCUUUGCAAAAUUGUGCCUUAUCUGCAGACCAUCUCUGUUUCUGUAUCAGUCCUAACACUGAGCUGCAUCGCCCAGGACCGUUGGUAUGCUAUCUGCCACCCGCUGAUGUUUAAGAGCACAGCCAAGAGGGCUCGCAAGAGUAUUGUUGUCAUCUGGGUUGUGUCGUGCAUCAUCAUGAUCCCUCAGGCCAUUGUGAUGGAGUGCAGCAGCCUGCUGCCUGAGCUCACAAACAAGACCAGCCUGUUCACAGUGUGCGAUGAACACUGGGGAGCUGAGAUUUACCCAAAGGUGUACCACACUUGUUUCUUCAUCGUCACAUACUUUGCACCGUUGUGUCUCAUGGUCCUGGCGUAUAUCCAGAUAUGUCACAAGCUGUGGUGUCAACAGAUUCCUGGAAACACAUCAGUGUUGCAGAGGAAGUGGAGGUCCAUGCAGUGCUCAGCCCCAGCUGCGGGGUCAGGAGAGCCCAUGAGGGUCAGGACCAGUACGGUGUGUGCUGAGAUCAAACAGAUGCGAGCCAGGCGCAAGACAGCUCGCAUGCUGAUGGUGGUCCUCUUUGUUUUCGCCCUGUGUUACCUGCCGAUCAGCGUGCUCAAUGUCAUGAAAAGAGUCUUUGGGACGUUCAAGAAGACAAAUGACAGAGAGACAGUGUACGCAUGGUUCACGUUCUCACAUUGGCUCAUAUAUGCCAACAGUGCAGCAAAUCCCAUCAUCUACAAUUUCCUCAGCGGGAAGUUUCGUGGGGAAUUCAAAGCAGCCUUCUCUUGCCAUUGUUGUGGCCAAGGGGAGAAUCGAACACAAAGAACGAGGCCCAGAGCGAGCACAGACAGCCGAAAGUCCCUGUCAACUCAAGUCAACAACAUGGACAAUGUGUCUCGCAUAUCAGAUCAGAUAGUGUAA